CCUUUACAAACGUCAACGUCAAGCAAGUUCAAACUUCAAAGUCAAGUCGCAAACGCAAAUGCGUGAUUUGUUGUAGUGCAUUAAAGCAUUUUUGUGAAAAAGUAAUCCGCUGCUUAUUAAUAAUAACCAUCAAGUUUUAAAAAUGCCGUCAAAGCAGAGAAAAAUUGCGAUGAUGGGUUACAGAUCAGUCGGUAAAUCAUCUCUAAUUAUUCAGUUCGUAGAAGGACAGUUCGUGGAUUCAUAUGACCCCACAAUCGAAAAUACAUUUACAAAGUUCAUCCGCCUGAACUCCACUGAGUAUGAGGUGAAGCUUGUGGACACGGCGGGGCAGGAUGAGUUCAGCAUAUUCCCUCUUCAGUACAGCAUGGAUUUCCAUGGCUAUGUUCUGGUGUACUCCAUCAACUCCAGUAAAAGCUUUCAGAUCGUACAAAUCAUUUACGACAAAUUGCUGGACAUGGUUGGAAAGAUACAUGUACCCAUAGUAUUAGUCGGCAACAAAACAGAUCUGCAUCUUGAAAGGAAGAUCAGCACAGAGGAGGGUAAACGGUUGGCAGAGAAGUGGAAAGCAGCCUUUGUCGAGACCAGUGCUAAAAGGAAUGAGUCAGUGACGGACUUGUUCCACGCGAUCCUGCUGGAGAUAGAGCGCUCGGACGGACACAUAAAGGAGAACGGCAAUGGCUGUGUGUUGUGCUAAUUGAACAAACAACUGUGCUUUUUACUUAAGCUGAAGUGAACUAGAUCUAAUUUUAGAUUAUGCCUAGCUCAUAUGGGUUAACACUGUGUUACAC